AUGGCCACGCAGACGUAUGCCCCACAAGCACCGCCGUCGUCCACCAUACCACGAGUUACACCAGCACCACCAGCGGUGCUCGACGGCGACGAAAAGCCUCCGGUGUCGCUGGCUCUGCGACAGAGAUUUGCAAAAACCAAUCCAAAAUAUGCCCACUCAUUUGGUACUGUGGCAUUCGAGCGGUCGAGCAGUUCCGGGCUGAGGCUCAUCGGCUGGAGGGCCGUUGAUGUUGUCCAGCAAAUCUGGGAAAAGCUGGUGGGCUCGCUGAAGUCCUUGAUCGGGGAGACAAGAGACACUUGGGAGGCAUGGCGACCCAGAUGCCGACGUGGAGAACAGCGCAGUGGGUCUGACGUUCCGCUAUAUGUGCUGCGCUGCUUUCUUUUGGGCCCAGACCAAGCGCAUGCAACACCUCAUGCUGCCAUCCUGUGCGACACCCCUUGGUUUCGCAAAGCUAUCGGUAGCGUUUUCAUCAAAAGUGGCUUACUUUUGCCCGCCGGCUUCAAAUGCUUUGGACUGCCAGACAGGGUGGACCUUUACAUGGCGCCGGCCGGCUCUGUCUGGGGCUCAUCACACUCCGGGCCGAGACCGCUAAUCCGCCUCAACGACUUCGACAUACGGACCCCCGCCCAGUAUCAAAGCACAAACGGCCUGAGUAUCGAGAUAUUACUCGAUAGUACCAUUGUUGGUAGUGCCACGAUUGGUGGUGUUGUCGAGAUCGGGAAAUCCACUUUUGGAAUGACAGUUCGCCAUACCUUUCGCGAUCCAAACGAGGACACUGACUGGCCCGAAUUGGACGAUCACGAUUCCGACACGCAUGAUUGCGAAAUCGAUCUGUUCGAAGAGGACGACCUCAAGGAGCAUGACCCUCUACUGGUGGUUGGCCAACCUAAGUCAGAAUCACCUGCUAGCGAAAUGUUUCAGGAUGGGAGGUCCACAAGCAAUCUAUCGAGUGGGGAUCUUGUGCCUGCAGGCUCCGAUCUAGUGCAUGUGAGCCCUGAUCAAUGGAAAUUGGAAACUGGCGUCUUGACAGCGCCAGAGGCUCGACUCGACUGGGCUCUCAUAAGCCUCCAGCGGUUGGAUCAAAACCAGUAUUUCAUCGAGCCCUCCAGCGGCGCCCACGGGGACCUAGUGGUGAUUAAGACUCCGUCGCGACUGAGAUAUGGGGAUCUUGGAUCGAGCGGGGUCCUGGGCAUUCCUAUGACCACCGCUCCUCAGUCGGUGCUUGUAGUCUCGGUGGAUGACAUUCAACCCGGAGACUGUGGCUCGUGGGCCAUGAAAUUGCGAGACGGCGCCUUUACAGUUAAUGCCACACCCCAAAAUGACCCUGAUUAUGCCAGUUACCUAAAUAACCUUGGAAGCUUACAGGGCAAGCAAUUUGGGCGGACGGGUUUGAUAGAGGCUGAGAAGCUGUUUACGCAGGAGGUGGAGAUGAGCAAGCUGAAACUUGGGGAUGAUCAUCCUGACACGCUCACCAGCAUGGCCAACUUGGCAUCAAUAUACAGGAACCAGGGCCGAUGGGAGGAGGCUGAGAAGCUGGAUGUGCAGGUGAUGGAGACUCGCAAGGUGAAGCUCGGGGAUGAUCAUCCCGACACGCUCACUAGCAUGGCUAACUUGGCGUUAACAUAUGGGAAGCAGGGCCGAUGGGAGGAGGCUGAGAAGCUGGGUGUGCAGGUGAUGGAGACUCGCAAGGUGAAGCUCGGGGAUGAUCAUCCCGAUACGCUCACUAGUAUGAAUAACCUAGCCUGGACCUGGAAAUCGCAAGGGCGACUUGCAGAUGCGCAAGCUUUGAUGAGGAGCUGUGUCGAUGCUCGGCAGAGAAUACUAGGCCUAGAGCAUCCAGGCACACUUUCCUCGUUAAAGGCCUUGGAUCAAUGGAGUAGCUAG